AUGGAAAGUGUAAAACCGUUAAGCUGCUUGCUUGAUGCCUAUUCUGCGUCACAAGAGCAACAACUUUAUGAGAAUUUAAGACAGAAAAUAAUAAAAAAGAAAAAGCAAAGACAAUUUCAUCUCAAAAUGUUUUUCAUACACACAACAACUCGAAAAAGAUGUGAAAGGACAUCUUGCAAACGAACUUUACACUACAUCCAUCCAUCCAUCCAACCAAUCGCAGAAUGGUAUUGUGUAACAAAGGAACUUAAAUGUGAACAUCCAACUUUCGAAUGGAUGUAA